AUGGACGAAACUCAAUACACUGAUAACGCAUUGCGUAUUAUACAAAAUGCAACCAACUUGUGUAAAGAAAAUUCAAAUACUCAAUUACAACCUAUACAUUUACUAGCUGCAUUUAUCCCCACUGACGAUACUGAAAAAUCAUCUCCAUAUUUACAAACAUUGAUUCAAAAAGCCAGAUACGAAUGGCCAGCAUUUGAAAGAACUGUCAAUAAACAUUUGGUGAGGUUACCUAGUCAAAACCCACCACCUGAUGAUAUUAGACCAAGCUAUCAAUUAGGUCAGGUAUUGCAAAAUGCGGCCAAGAUUGAAAAACAACAAAAGGAUUAUUACAUUGCUCAAGAUCAUUUGUUAUUGGCUCUUUUGGAAGAUCAAUCAAUCAAGGAUAUCUUUAAAGAAGCUGGCAUUAAGCCUGAUGCAAUCAAGACCCAAGCUUUGGAAUUGAGAGGUGAUCAACGAAUUGAUUCGAGACAAGCUGAUUCUUCUUCAAGCUAUGAGUUCUUAAACAAGUACUGUGAAGAUUUUACUGAAAAGGCAAGAGAAGGUAGAAUUGAUCCGGUUAUUGGAAGAGAAGAAGAAAUUAGACGAGUGAUUAGAGUUCUUGCUAGAAGAUCGAAAUCAAAUUCAGUUUUAGUUGGUGACGCCGGGGUUGGUAAAACUUCCAUUGUUGAAGGUGUUGCUCAAAGGAUUGUUGAUGGCGAUGUGCCCAAUGUCUUGUCUAAUGCAAGAUUAUUUUCUCUUGAUAUGGGAGCUUUGACUGCUGGUGCCAAAUACAAGGGUGAAUUUGAAGAAAGAUUAAAGGGAGUAUUGAAUGAUAUUUCUAAGUCUAAAGAAUUUAUCAUUUUAUUUAUUGAUGAAAUUCAUACUGUUAUGGGUGAUGGUAAAUCGGAUGCUGCUAAUCUUUUGAAACCAAUGUUGGCAAGAGGUGAAUUACAUUGUAUUGGUGCCACUACUUUUGCUGAAUAUCGUAAAUUCAUAGCCAAAGAUGGGGCCUUUGAUAGAAGAUUUCAAAAAAUUGAUGUACCAGCAGCAACUGUUAACGAAACCAUUGCUAUAUUGAGAGGAUUACAACCAAGAUAUGAAAUCCAUCAUGGAGUUAGAAUCUUGGAUAGUGCUUUGGUUACUGCUGCACAAUUGGCAUCAAGGUACUUGACUUAUAGAGCAUUGCCUGAUUCAGCAGUUGAUUUAGUUGAUGAAAGUGCUGCUGCUGUUGCCGUUGCUAGAGAUUCCAAACCUGAAGAAUUGGACACCCUUGAACGUGAAUUACAUUUGGUUGAAGUUGAAAUCAAUGCAUUGGAAAGAGAUAAGGAUGCCGAUUCAAAUUCCAAAGAAAGAUUAGAAGCCGCUAAAAAGAAACAAGCCAGUAUCGAAGAACAAAUGGGUCCCCUUAGAGAAAGAUUCAACCAAGAACGUGCUGGACACGAUUUGCUUAUUGCUGCAAAGAGAAAAUUGGAUGAAUUGGAAGUCAAGGCUCAAGACGCGGAAAGAAGACACGAUACUGCCACUGCUGCCGAUUUAAGAUAUUUUGCCAUCCCCGAUGUUGAAAAGCAAAUUGAAGAAUUGGAAGUCAGAGUAGCUGAAGAGGAAGCUUCUAAUUUAGAUAGUUUGUUAAAGAAUGCUGUUGGACCAGAUCAAAUUUGUGAAACUGCAGCUAGAUUAACUGGUAUUCCAGUAACCAAAUUAAGUCAAGCUGAAAAUGCUAAAUUAAUCAAUUUGGAAUCAGAAUUGUCAAGUGCUGUUGUUGGGCAAUCAGAAGCAGUGAAAGCAGUUUCCAAUGCCAUAAGAUUAAGAAGAUCUGGAUUAUCAAACCCUAAUCAACCACCAUCAUUUUUGUUCCUUGGUCUUUCUGGAUCGGGUAAGACUGAAUUGGCAAAGAAAUUAGCUGGUUUCUUAUUUGCUGAUGAAAAAGCUUUGAUUCGGAUUGAUUGUUCUGAAUUGGACAAGUGGUCAACGUCAAAACUUUUGGGUUCCAAUGCUGGUUUUGUUGGAUAUGGUGAAGGUAACAUUCUUGCCGAACCUUUAAUCAGAAGGCCAUAUUCAGUCGUAUUGUUUGAUGAAGUUGAAAAAGCAGCACCUGAAGUAUUGACCAUUCUUUUACAAAUUUUGGAUGAUGGUAGAAUUACUGAUGGUGAAGGAAAAUUGGUCAAUUGUUCCAAUGCCAUUUUCAUAAUGACAUCCAACUUGGGUGCACAAUAUAUUAGUGAGUCCAAGGGAAGCAAGAUAGAUGCUGCAACUAAAGAACAUGUCAUGAGUGCAGUUCGUUCCCAUUUCAGACCAGAGUUUUUGAAUCGUAUUUCCAACAUUGUCAUAUUUAACAGGUUAUCCAGAAAAGCCAUUGCCAAGAUUGUCAAAAUCAGAUUAAACGAAUUAACGAAACGUUUUGAAGAUAAUGGCAAGAGAAUUACAUUACAUUUAGAUGACGAUGCCAUGAAUUAUUUAAUCAAGAAUGGUUGGUCAGCUGAUUUAGGUGCAAGACCAUUAAACCGUUUAAUUCAAAAUGAAAUCUUGAAUAGAUUGGCAGUUUUCAUCUUAAAGGGACAAAUUAAAGAUAAAGAAACUGUCAAUAUUGUUGUUGGUGAAAAAGGCUUGGAAGUUUUACCUAAUCAUGAAGCUGAAGAUGAAGCUAUGAAUGAUGUUAAUGAUUGGGAAGAUAGUGAAGAUGAAGAUGAUGAUGAAAAGGAGGAGUUAGACUAG